CAGAAGGAGAAAACCUUACAGAAGCUACGGGCCAAGCAUUCUCCGCAAUGAUGUGCAUUGUGGUCACCAAGCUAGAGGGUGAGAGGUGUGCUCUGGAAACGCAACUCGCUAAUGUCAAGGCAGGCACUCUGAGCUCCACCUUGCAGAAGCAGGAGGAAAAGAACAGGAGGCUCAUGGGAAAGCUGGCUGCCAUGGAGCACCAGCAGCAGCAGCUGGAGCAGAUGCUGAAGGAACUGAUGGACAGUAAGAACAACCUGGCCUAUGAGAAAGGGAAGCUACAGCUGUGUGAGCUGGAGAGCUGGCUAGGUGUGUCUCAUCAGGGUGGGGGCAGUGUGGCUCAGACCCUGGAGAAUAUUUUGGCCUCCCACUCCCGUCUGCAACACAACACUGAGUCUGUACAGAAGGAGGUGGGGCGACGAGAGCAGGAGCUGGCCUCACUCAGGAGAGAUGGACUGCAGGGUCAGAGAGCGAUUCAGAGGCUACAGGCAGAGGUGGAGAAGCUCAAAGAAAAACUAAAUGCUGGAACCCUUGCAUAAGGCCCUGGAUGUGGCAAGGCUGGACAACAAGAAACUAGCCCAGAGUUUGGAGCAGGUUGUGUUGGCCAACGGCCCUCUCCAGGCCAACCUAGACCGAGCCAGAGACCCCAGAACACCAUCAUACAGAGAGAGACGGAGCUGGCUGAGGCCAGAACAGAGAUUGGUCGAUGAUCAGAGCAUCUAUAAAGCUUCAGAUAAGGAAAGAGAGGGACUCUGUGAAGAGGUUGUCACAGAGAGAAAUCUCAGAGUUGAGAAAAGCUCUUGAGGACUUGUCAUCUAGGUCAGCUGACGUCUCCAGGGCAAAUCGGGAGCUGCGGGAGAAGAUGUCUGAGUUGGGGAAAGUGGUGUCCAAUCGGAAAGCCCGUCUCAGAGAUCAGAAGACACAGCUCAAGCAACACCUGGAUAACAGAGCCACUCUGGGCAUCUCUCAGAAAAUAGAAACUCUGUGUGAUAGCAGGCCUCCAGAACCACCAGAGUGGGAGAGAUGGAGAUCCACCAUGCAAUGCUGGGAGACCAAGAGCAAGCUGGCU